ACCCCGCAUUCACUAUAUCCACUCUCCCCGGACCCCGCAUUCACUACAGCCGCUCUCCCCCGGACCCCGCAUCCACACCAUCCGCUCUCCCCGGACCCCGCAUUCACUACAUCCGCUCUCCUCGGACCCUGCAUUCACUACAUCCGCUCUCCCCGGACCCCGCAUCCACACCAUCCGCUCUCCCCGGACCCCGCAUUCACUACAUCCGCUCUCCCCGGACCCCGCAUUCACUAUAUCCACUCUCCCCGGACCCCGCAUUCACUACAGCCGCUCUCCCCGGACCCCGCAUUCACUACAUCCGCUCUCCCCGGACCCCGCAUUCACUACAUCCGCUCUCCCCGGACCCCGCAUUCACUACAUCCGCUCUCCCCGGACCCCGCAUUCACUAUAUCCACUCUCCCCCGGACCCCGCAUCCACCACAUUCGCUCUCCCCGGACCCCCCGCAUUCACUACAUCCGCUCUCCCCAGACCCCGCAUUCACUACAUCCGCUCUCCCCGGACCCCGCAUUCACUACAUCCGCUCUCCCCGGACCCCGCAUUCACUACAUCCGCUCUCCCCGGACCCCGCAUUCACUACAUCCGCUCUCCCCGGACCCCGCAUUCACUACAUCCGCUCUCCCCCCGGACCCCGCAUUCACUACAUCCCUCUCCCCGGACCCCGCAUUCACUAUAUCCGCUCUCCCCGGACCCCGCAUUCACUACAU